GGUCUCAGCGACAGAGUCACCGGUUCACAUGGUCUCAGCAGCAGAGUUACUGGUUCACAUGGUCUCAGCGACAAAGUUACUUGAUGACAUCACCACUCUAGACUCUCCAUAGGGUUACAUUGGGGGGAUUUUUUGAAGUGUUUUUGCCCAAUAAUUUGAAAACCGUUUGUCGAAACCCUUAGAAAAGUCAUAGCACACAUGUCAUCGGCGAGCCGGUCGAUUUGAUACCUUUUUUUUUGUGUAUGCGCGGCCAAAAUUCUGGGAGGAGUAAUUGAUCGAAAAAUGACACGGAAGAAACAUAAGUAUAAGCCCACGGAAUAACAAUUAGUGUGCUUUUGCAAGCAAGCACACAAAAUAAAAAUAGACCCGGUGAAUAGUAGUUAGUGUGCUUUUGCAAGCAAGCACACAAAAUAAGCCCACGUUAUAACAAUUAGUGUGCUUUUGCAAGCAAGCACACAAAAUAACUGUAAAUUGAUGAUUACCUCAAUGUGAGCUAGAGAUCGACUUAAUGGCACCGUGUCUCAUUCAACUUUAUGAUCGUCUAUUAUGAGCUUUGCCUACGGAUGAUUGUCAGCUUCCAGUAAGGUGCCUCGACAUGCCAACAAUGCUUUGAUGGCAGCCUGGUAAGAAUAGCUCUCUCCACAGGUCCUGGCAGUAAGAAAACAUUUGAGGUGACUGUAUUUAGUGGCAUGCUGUGAGGGUCAGCGCUGCAGUUGUGGAGUAGUGUUGAAGAGGAGAGCAGCUCUGCUCUGGAUUCCACAGGAGCUUGUCUUUUCUGAGUUUUUGCUUGUUUUUUUAUGGGAUCAGAGUUUGUGCUGAGCAAUCAGGAUGAUGGGAGCAAGAGAUUUACUCUUUAUCACUAUCAGUCAUAAUGUGUCUUUUAUGGGCAAAACGUGGUGGAUGUUAAUGCUGGUUCUGCGUCUGCUCGUCCUCCUGCUGGCUGGCUUCACCCUCUUCAGCGACGAGCAGGAGAGAUUUAUCUGCAACACCAUCCAGCCCGGCUGCUCUAAUGUGUGUUUUGACGUAUUUGCUCCCAUAUCUGUGUUCCGCCUAUGGCUCUUCCACCUCAUUCUCCUCUGUCUUCCCCAUGUGAUGUUUGCAACCUAUGUCAUGCAUAAAGUUCUGUCGAAGCCCUACUUCGGGGGUUUUUACUACGACAGGAGUCGAGGAGGUUCACCUUUCCCCCUCGAGACCUCGAGCUCCUCAAGAGAAGUGUCGCUGCAUAAAGCUCCACUGCACGACCUCCCGCGUGAAUUAGGAGCACCACGCUUUUACUGUGCCUACUUCAUGGUUGUGAUUCUACGGAUCUUUCUGGAAGUGGUUUUCGGUGCAGGUCAGUAUUUUCUCUUUGGUUUGUCGAUUCCUAAGAGCUUCCUCUGCUACGAGGCUCCCUGCACGUCCGGGGUGGAGUGCUACAUCUCCAGACCCACUGAGAAGACCUUGAUGCUCAUCUUCAUGCUGGGUGUCACCUCGCUGUCCAUCCUGCUGAGUUUAAUUGACCUGGUGAGCUCCAUCAAGGCGAUGGUGAGAUGGAGGAGGAAAAGAGAUAUGUUGAUGGAGGAGAUGAGCAAAGGAGAGCAAAGCAGUAUGUUUACAGCGACAACUAUGACUGAAGACAGCGACGUUCUUCUAACCAGAAGAACCUUCCCGUGUGAAAGCUCAAAGAUCGGUCUGAGCGGUGAAAAACAUACUGCUGCUGUGCCAGAUGUUGAGCCAUUUCAUGCAAAAGUGAAUGAUGGAAACACUAAUGAGAAAAGGCCGGAGAGCAGAGACGCUAAAGCAGAGAUGUCCCGGUCACCGACUCCUAUGAACACUCCCGUUCCAACUCACUUUGUCCUCCACAGCCACCUGAGACCUCCCCUGUCCCCUCGCCCUGACAGAGGACCACCACCACCCAACCCCAGAGUGCCAGCACCUAUAGGGGCCAAAAAGCUGGAUCAGUACCCCCCAGCUGGAGCGAACUCAGGCCAACACUCUGAUAGCAGUGACUCUCAAGACAAGAGAGCAUGGGUGUAAAUCAAUGGCCAUUUAUUAGUGUUAUUGGACAAAAACUGCUGUACAUUUGCCUUUAAAAGGCCCAGUUUUAUUUAACUUUUCUUUUAAGCAUGAAUUUAUAUAAAGAGUUGUUGUGCUUUAAGAUAAUAUUUUAUAGGAAUUAAAAGCUGCAUUAACUGCAUUAAUAUUUGCAUCACAAUGACUCAAAUGACUAUGUAUGAUGUGAAGAGUGUCCCUAAUAGUCACAACACACAGAGAAAAAGCCGUUAAGCAAUUUUCCUCAUUUUUUAUUUUAUUUUUUUUAAACAAAAUUCUGCUCUCAUUAACCCCACUGUUUUCUGAAAAGUAAGCUCUCAUAAACCCAACUAGCUAGUAGCUCUGCACCAAAUGGCAUAAAAAGCAACAUCUUAUCAGAAAGCUAGCAAGCUAAAUAUCUGGCAUUAGCAGGCUAAAUAUAGAGAUAUUUAGAGCUAAAAUCAGAGUGAAUAUUGGUGGUUGGAAUAGAAGUCUACAAGCUGAAUGAUAAUUAAAAGUCAAAUUUUGUCUUUCCAGCUUGUUCCUAUCAAAGUCAAUUUGUGCAGCUGAAGCAGUAGCAGAAAAAAAGGAUAGUUUAAUGUGGAUUAUCACGGAAACUCAAGGGUUAAAAUGAUUAUUAAGUAACUUAACAUGCAAGUGACAAUGAAAAAUGUUCUCUCUGUAGAAAAAUAGUUGUUUACACAUAUCAAGCAAGAGUCAAAAAACAGCCACCUUGUUGCAGUCUCAGUAUUUUUGGAGAUGCUUUGUUUCAUGUGAGAAAGCUUUUCUUGGUGCAUGCUUACUGAAUGUUACUUUUUUAAAUGAUGAAAAAUAAAGUGAGUUUUUUGGUCACAUAAUGUCUUGUCAGUGAAAUGCAACUGAUUUGCAUUAAUAAACAGUGCAGAGUG